AUGUCGGGGGCAGGCGAUCAAGAUGACUCCCUGGUUCACGUUAAUUACCUGGGAGGAUACAUCUUCCUCUCCUACGUCAUCAGCUCUAUGGGAUGUGCGACCACUUUGGAGCUUCUUCACCGAAGAACAUCCAGGUCGGGAUUUUACAACUGGUACCUACUCCUUACCUCCUCGAUAACUAUGGGCGGUAUAGGCAUCUGGUGUAUGCACUUUAUCGGCAACCGCGCUAUCGUCCUCGGCAAUGGAGAAGCUGAUGUUCAGAUCUUGUACAAUGUCGCAUUCACCGGAACAUCGUUUGUAUUGCCCGUGGUUGUGCUCCUUGCCGCCUUCUACUCUGUCGGUGUCCAGGAAAAGGCGGGCUACAUACGCAUCUUGUUAGGAGGGUUACUUACUGGUAGUUCCGUGUGCGGAAUGCAUUAUGUUGGACAACUGGGAAUUUCAAACUACAAGUGCUCGUAUCAUGUCGCAAAUGUUGUCGGAUCCGCCAUUAUCGCCGUUUUCUCGAGUACUGCCGCCCUGGGCAUCUUUUUUAGGUGGAGAGCUACCUGGACUGAUAGUUGGUGGAGACGCGGACUCUGUGCCUUCCUGCUUGCUGGUGCUGUGUCAGGAAUGCAUUGGACCGCGGCUGUUGGAACGACCUAUCUUGAGCGGGAUGAGUCCAUGAAGAAUGGAUCGCAGUUGUCUCGCAGUCAGGUGGUUAUCAUCUGCUCUGUUUUGGCUUGUGUCUCUUGCGUCAUAUUAUCCGCGUGCGCCGUUAUAUCUGGUGGCAAUCGCCGACGAUCGACUACUCGUGCCCAUCAGCUUGUUCUUGCCUGUGCAUACUUUGACCCAGCGGGUCGAGUCAUGGUCACGCCACAGGCUCUGCUGCCGACUAAAAAGAUUGUUGACCACUACAUCGGACGAACUUUCCAAGAUGACGAUCUGACACGCACACAUCCUACUUUCCUGUGGGCCUUUAGAGCAAGCCGAAACUGGCCCGUGGUCAAGGACAUGAUUCCCUUCAUGCGAAAUCGACUCGAGUCCGAACAGGCUGCUAUCCAGAAACAUGUCUUGUCACGAGGAGUGGUCAACGACAAGGAUACGGAGUUGCAGACAGAUUUUGAUACAUUAUUUAAACAACUUUUCUGUGUGUCAGCCCAGGAGCUGUCAAACGACUUACGAUUACCUCUUCACGAUCUUGGAACCCUAUACGAUGAUGUUCUGUCAACAGCUAUUCCCGUCUCGCGCUUGUCUCGGGCGAUGGGUCGCUCUUCACUACGAACUGGCAAGGGUCAGUUGAUGUUCAGUGUCCGGCAACUCCAAAAGCACGAAGCGGCUCGUAUGGCUACGUUCGGAUUCCGCUUUGCGACCAUCGAGAACAUCACCUCGACUCUCUCGCGCCGCAUCCAUGUUCCAGAACCGAGUCUGAGGGAACAUCUCCGUGACAUGCGCGACUAUGCCACCACAAACCGCGGCUUCUCAGAGGGUGUGCACAUGACUGCAUUUGUGAUGCGUCCUACUGUCAGCGACCAUUUCGAAAUUCUCACCACCAAAGGCACCGGCAACCCGCUCCCAUCCUCAACCCUCCCUAUGCUCCGAUUACAUGUAUCACACCUCGACCUUAUUUCCCACAUGGAAGGCUGGUCCAUGAACACCUGCUUGAAGUACCUCAAAUCCGAUCCCGCAAUGCAAGCAGACCGUAACCUCGACGAGUUCCGCCUGCACCUUAUCGAGGGCAUUACCUCCCUCUCCAAAUCUUUCUCCGAAGAAAUGCGCGCCGCAGCCACCUUCUCCGCACGCCCUCUCCUCGCCCCAUGUCGCGAAACAUCCCGAACAUCAGAGGAAGUCUCGCAAUCACCCCAGCAAUGCACACUCCUCACAUUCUGCGUCGUCGGAACACUAAAUACCCAAGUCCCCAACGAAGACUUCACAUUCACACCCUUCCGCCUCUUCCGGGUACAGCAACAAGUAAACGACAACGUUGCUGACAGAGACGGUUUCUCCCGCGAACUGAGCCAGGAGCUCUUCUGCACAGAUGUCCGCUCCGGCUCCACGGCCUCGGAUGCCGAUAUGCUGGCCAAUACCCGCUCCGCUAUCGUCCGUUUCUGGCAUCAACGAAAGCAAAGUUUCGGCAGUGCACCCCGCUCGGGUAAUUCGCAGGAAUCUCUCUUCGAGCAGGGUAUCACUUCGACUGCCCUUGGGGAUAUUACCGUGCAGAAGGAGGUGCGAGUGGAUGUGACACGGUUGAAUGAGAACGCAGCGAAGAAUUCUAUUGUUGCUCAUGAUGCUAUUGUUGCGGCGGGAGAAAAUGCAUUGACACCCAUAACCUACGUUGAUGAGUUGUAUAGUCUUUGCUAUGCGCCUGGGAUUCGCUUACGGCCAGAAGGAGGAUUCCAAGGUCCGAAAUCCGAGAUAUGA